AUGUCGGUUUCACCCAUCUUAACGUUCAAGGCAGGGCUCUGUGAGCUUGAUACGAGCACCUCGCCUCCACGAGCGAAACCUCUUCCAACCCCGGGAUACCUCUACCUCUACGCAGACGCAGAUGAAAUCCUCCACUUAUGCUGGCGACCGAGGAGUGCGUCGUUGGACGAAGCGCAGUUGGACUUGCUUAUGGUGCCAAUGGACGGAUCGUUCACACCCUACCAGCCUACCAGCGCGGAGAAUCCUUCACCCCAAAAGACGCCCACGAACGGGAGAAUCUACGUCCUCAAAUUCACCUCCAGCUCUCAGAGACACCUCUUCUGGCUCCAAUCCCGCAGCCAGCAUCCCCAAGGCGACCCGUCAUGGUUCUCCGCUCGAGAUCUGAAGCUGGGCCAGAUCGUGAACAAUCUCCUUCAGGGCGAAGAGGUCGAUGUCCAAGAACAAAUGGCUAGUCUGCCUCCGGAUGAAAACUCCCCAGACGACGACGGGCCGGAGCCGAUGGAGGAUGUAGAAGGGACAGAUCACAACCCCGACCGUCGCCCUUCACAAGGCGGUCCCGGAGCUGGUCCGGAUGCCACGGGCGGCGACUUUCGGGAGGAAGGCGAAGAGUCACGCGAGGGCGGGGCGGACGGCGGACGAGCGGCGGCUGGUAGGCCAGAUGCUAGCGCCUUGGUUCGGAAUUUUCUUCAAGCCAUGGAACAACGCAAUCAACGACAAGCUCCCGAGGACAAACUGUUCGCAAGCCUCGGAGACCUGCUGACCCCGUCGUCAACGUUACCAAUACUCGAAUCAGCCGAUGACAAGCUACUGGAUCGGUUAUUUGAACGACUACCUCCUCAACUGGCGGACAUGGUGCAGGCUUCGGUUGACACGUCCGCCUUGCAAAAUCCCAAUUCAACUCCUGAGGAACAAGAUGCGGCAAAGCAGGCAUUGACCAAAGCUAAAAAGACCAUGUUGCGCAAAGUGUUGCACUCGCCGCAGUUUGCACAAAGCCUGGCCAGUCUGACGAUUGCACUGAGAGAAGGUGGCCUGCCUAUAGUUAGUGAGACUUUCAAAAUUCCGGUUCGAAACGGUGGGUAUCUCAGGCAUGGCGGGGUGCCUAUGGGUGGAGGGGAGGCCAUGGAGGCUUUCCUGGCGGGAAUCAAGAAGGACGUCGAAGACAAAAUGGCGAGGGGAGAUGAGGAUGUGGCAGGCGACAGGAUGGAUCAAGACUAA